AAAGGGAUCUAUGCUAUGGGCUUCAACAGACCUUCCAAAAUCCAAGCAACUGCUCUUCCAAUGAUUCUCGCUGACCCACCCCAGAAUCUGAUUGCCCAGAGCCAGUCAGGUACAGGGAAGACAGCAGCCUUUGUUCUAGCGAUGCUCAGCAGGGUUGAUGUUGUGAAAAAAUAUCCACAGUGUAUCUGCCUCAGUCCUACAUUUGAAUUGGCUUUGCAGACAGGAGAAGUCAUAGAGCAAAUGGGGAAGUUCUAUGAUGGCAUUGAUGUGAUCUAUGCGAUACGAGGGAACAGACCCUCCAAAGGUAGCAAAAUAACAGCUCAGAUCAUUGUGGGAACUCCAGGAACCGUGAUGGAUUGGUGCUUUAAGAUAAAGCUUUUUGAUGUUAAGAAUAUCAAAGUAUUUGUCCUGGAUGAAGCUGACGUCAUGAUUGGUCUUCAGGGUCAUUCAGACCAUAGUGUCCGAGUGAAGAGGGCAAUGCCGCCAGACUGCCAGAUGCUUCUGUUCUCUGCCACUUUUGAGGAUACGGUCUGGUGUUUUGCAGAGAGGAUUGUUCCAGAUCCAAACAUCAUAAAAUUAAAGAAGGAAGAGCUGACUCUGAAGAAUAUUCGACAGUUUUAUGAUUUUUGUGAACAUAGGGAAGCAAAAUACAAGGCCCUAACAAAUAUGUAUGGGUCAAUCACAAUUGCUCAAGCAAUUAUCUUCUGUCAGACUCGUAAAACAGUCAACUGGCUGUUCCAAGAAAUGACAAAUGAUGGACAUGUGGUGGCUUUGCUGAGUGGAGAACUGACCGUGAUAGAGAGAGCCAAUAUUAUCCAAAGAUUCAGAGAUGGGAAGGAGAAAGUUCUUAUCACAACUAAUGUCUGUGCCCGAGGAAUUGAUGUAGAACAAGUGUCGAUUGUUAUCAACUUUGACCUGCCUGUGACUGCAGAAGGCCUGACUGACUAUGAGACAUACCUCCAUCGAAUUGGCCGCACUGGCAGGUUUGGUAAGAAAGGCGUGGCAGUCAAUCUUGUGGAGAAGUGCUUCAUGCACAUUUUGCGUGACCUCGAGGAGCAUUUUGGUAAGCAGUCCUCAUUGUAG